AAAUGAUCACCGCACCGCCAGAUCGCGACGCCGUGCAGAGUUGCAGAUCGCAGCGGGCAGAGUGGAGUAAGUUUCAGCGCCGCAGUUAUUACCCACCACGCUGGCUAUCGCCUCCGCCUCGGGAUGCCCGUACGCCUGUGGCCACCACCACCACCACCACACCACCGCGAUUCAUUUCGGUAUUAAACGCCCACCACGCCGCGGGGGCGGACGGACAGCAGCACGGCCAGACCACGCCGUGUCGCGGGGGCGCGCGCUGUUGCACCCGCCAUUUCUAAUACCCAUCCCGGCCGCCGCUCGGGCCGACGCUGCGCCGUGCAUUGCGGUGGUGGUGGCGGUGGAGACGGCGAUUGAUCUGCUCGGUGGAGGAGAUGCGGGUAGGUGCCGGUGAGGUCGGCGGAGGUGGACGGGAGAGGAUGGUGGUGAGGAGGGGGUGGAGGAGGGAGGAGGCGGAGGGGGGAGGCGCCGGCGGCGGGUGCUCGGCGAGCUCGACCAGCCGUGGUUCGUCCCUCUGCGACUCGCCUUUGCCCAGCUUUGUGCGGCAACGUGGUGGGCCGGGUUCAGAUCUAGAGCUCGAUGGGUUGCGCACUUCCUCCUCCAAUGCUUCCUCAGGGUCACAUGAGGAGGAUCACGGGCCAGUAGGGCGGGCAGUGAAGGAAGAGGGGUGGAUACAAGUCCAGGGACCGAUCAAGAAUCCAGCUCACCGUUCUGCCGGAGAAUGCCAAGACCAGCGGUAUCGGCUGGGGUCUGUUCUUUUCCAUGGUAAGAAUGAGCGGAAGCAGCACCCGGCGUCUAUUGAUUUUGGUUGCCCCAGUGUUGAUAGAUCCUCCACACAUUCUCCGGGUUUCUUGGUCAGCGGUGCCGGUGUGAUGAACAAGGGAUUGAGUGAAUCGUCGCAAAAUAAAUUAGGUGCGCCGGCCAGCCCAGGAACACCAAGCCACAAUCGUCAGGGUGCAACAGUUGUUGGGCUUCAGCAGGGUUGGAAUUCUGAAAAAGUAGCCCUGUCUUCAAACGGGCAAAGAAGGCACUCAGGCAACAGCAUGGUGCCACCUCAUAAUACUGGGAGAACGUUGCCCUCAAAAUGGGAGGAUGCAGAGAGGUGGAUCUUCAGUCCAAAUCCAAGCAAUGCACUUGGGAGGACCUCAAUCCCACAGUCGCGACGACCUAAGGCCAAAAGUGGACCUCUUGGACCUCCUGGCAGAUUUGGUGAGCCAUACUCAUCCGCUUCAUCAUCGUCAUCUUUGCUUGACACCGGGAGAGUAGGAAACCUCACAGCGAACUCACCUUUCUUGUCUGGGGUUUUGCUACCUGAACAUGUUUGUGGAUCCAGUAGCCAUGCUGGAAGGGGUCUAAGUGACGUAUCUGGUGAGGACAGCAGCAAUGGCUUGGGAAUCAGGUCUGGUGGAGCAAAUGGUGCACAUCCUGCUGUGUGGUCUACCGGAGUUUGCCAAAAAUUGGAUAGUGCAGUUCAGUUAUCUCAGUCAUUGCCUUCUUCCCAAGAAUCAACUCAAGCUUGCACAGAUGAACAGAGAGAAAUCACAACAGACUUGACCACCAGCAGUAAACCUGCAAUUUUGAGAAAAGAUGUGGCAACACAGACCAGCCCUGAGCGCAGCAGGUCCUCUUCUCCUAGCGGGAGGCCUUCAUUUUCCCGCUCGCUAUCAGCACAGCAAGUCAAGGAGUUGGAGAGCUGUUUCUCUAAGCUUGAAAUAAGGGAUGUGCAGAUGGAUGAUAGGGUGACUCUGACCAGGUGGUCCAAGAAACAUGUCACACGAGGCUCUGAGAAUUCUACAAACAUUAUAGAGUGGAAGAAAAGGACAGUGGAAUCUAAAUCUUCUGCCUGGGAAGUAACAGAAACUGCGAAGUGUAUAUCAAAGAUUGAGGGAGAGGAAGCAAAGAUGACUGCAUGGGAGAAUUUGCAGAAGGCAAAAGCAGAGGCAGCAAUUCAAAAGCUCAUGAAACUCGAAAAGAAACGAUCAUACUCGCUGGAGAGGAUUUUCAAUACCCUCAGGUCUGCUCAUAGGAAAACACAUGUGAUACGCAGCACAACCACCACAAACCUUGAUCAGCACAUCUCCAGGACUGUGAAAAGGCCAUCACACCUAAGCAAGAAUGGCCAGAUGAGUUCGCUAAGUGGUUGCUUCACUUGCCAUGCAUUCUAGUUCGGUUUUAUUAUACAUUCAAACGGUGUUGUCACUUUCGAGGUGAAAACUAGAGGGGAGAAAUAGAGGCUUUUUAGUAUAGAUUACAGAUAAGCCCUAGCAGGGGAAACCGAGGCUCUCAACUUAUAUAUCCAGUGGUCACACAGGAGUUAUUCUGCCCGGGAACGAAAGGAAAUUGACGCAGAGGACAGGAAUCAGAUGUUACUACACACUUUGUGAAGUAUAUGAUCUAUUUUGUAUCAUCACAUGUAAUAAUAAAUCUCUGUUCAUACUCUUCCAGGCGCAGUGAUGAUAUCAUAAAAACUAAAAAAGUUAAUUCCAUAUCAAGUCCUUUUUUACGGUAUUUUUUUUAUCCACUCUAG